AUGGGUGAGCGGCUGGCGCGCGCAGCGGUUGCUUUGCUCGCGGUCGCGACAUCGUGCAGCUCGGUCGAUCAUGUUCAGGCAGGCCCUGCUCGAAACAAGACCGUGGCGACUGAAGGGGCGGGCCAGACAUCCAUCGCCGCACCCUUGAAAAACGCCUUUGGUGGGCAAGGCUUCCCCCCACCGUUUGCCAUUCUGCCGUCGGGUGAGGUCACGGAGAACCUAGCCGAGCUGGGCGAUGUCGCCGAGGCCAUGAAGGUCGACGAAACAGAAGCAAACCAGCGUAACAGGUUCUCAGGGUGGCCGGGCCCCUUCUGGCUGGUCAACACGUUCAUGUACGAGGGAUGGCUGUCAACGAUGCGCUAUGUCAAGCACAAGCCCACCAACCGCUGUGCCGUCAUCUGGACCGUGGGCAUGCUGGCCAAAUCCGUUAAGAGCGCAAAAAUCGACUUUGAGCGGUACAGCAAGUAUCUAGCUGCCAUUAUCACUGCUCGCGAUGCUGCUGCACAUCGGGCCAGUACGGGCCUCGACCUUGCCAACGUGACGCAUGGGCGCUGCGACCCAACCCGAGUCAACUACAUGCUGACCAUGGACGAUAUCAUGUGGGAGCACCUGACAGCCGAGGGCAAGGCGACGGUGCUGGACCGUUUUGACACGGUGGUCACGUCCACCCCGUUUGAUGUUUUGAUGAAGACUGUCCCCCCCUUUGUUCUUCACAUGCAAAACGACCCAACGCUCGGCAUCCAUCGUCUGUUGGCGUUGAUUGGGGCGCCCUACCCACGUGUGAUGGCGCUGGACACGGACAACGUGGCGUGCCGUGUUGGGUGGGAGCUGGCGUUUGGGCUGCUAAAGGAGUAUGACAUUGUCACGGUCAAGGGCCCGAUUCCUUUUGGAGGCAGCUGUCAUAAGCGCGAGACGCCCUUCCCACCUAUUCGGCUUGACAAGGGAAAAUCCGUACUGGACUACGAGCAUUACGAGGAGGUCAACAUUGGGACAUGGGCCAUCGACUAUCACAAUCCUCAUACACGGCAGCUUAUGUUGGCCGCGCUGGACGCAUGGGUGAGCCUAACCUUGAUGGUCUCUGGACCAAACUACAAUCGAGUUCGCGAUGGCUGUCUGCAAGGCGAUCAGCUAGCGUAUCGAAUUGCCAUGUACGCGAUGCAGCGGCGACUGGACAUUUUCAAGGAUAUUUCGACGGCCCACAGCCGUCUGCAAUGUCGUACCGGUAUGAUUGGAUACCAAUGCACACAUUUUCAUACGUCACAUCGUCUACCAGCCGUGAAUAUGUCGCUGAGCGUGUGCAGCGCUAAACAGCCCAAGAAUGUGCCCAAUCACCACACCGUCCCAGAGGCCGACUCGCACAUUCACUUUUCGUACGGUACACUAUGGUAA